AUGUCAGAUCUUCAAGAAUUUAUCAAUCAACAAAAAGCAAAGAAUUCAUUUUUUGGUACUACAACUACCCCAACAACAUUUUCAUCAAUUAAUGCUCUACGAUCAAAAUUUACAUCAAGUUUGGAUGGAUUCUCGUUAUUACGCUCAACAGAUGAUAACGAUGAUGAUAAUUCUGAUAAGCAAAUAUUGACCGAAUCAGCUGGGAAAACAUCUGGACAAUUACCACAAUUCCGAAAUCGUAAAAAUGGUGGUGCAUGGUUCAGUUCUAUUUCUAAUGAUGAAUCUAUUUUUGGAAUGUCAAGAAUGCAGAGGAUUGUCGCAUUUUUUGUAUCAAUAGGAGCAGCAUUUAUUUGUUUUGGAAUAGCUGUCAUCUUGCUUCCUACUUUAGUUAUGCAAGCUCGAAAAUUUGCAGCUUUGAAUACGCUUGGUUCGAUUAUGUUAAUUUUAAGUUUUGCUUUUUUAUGGGGACCAGUAAACUAUUUGAAACAUAUGUUUUCGGAACAACGAAGAAAUGUUACAAUUGCUUAUAUCAUAACACUUGUGGCAACAUUAUAUUUUAGUUUAUGGGUAUGA